GAGGCUUGGCCCGCAGGGGCGGGGGCCGCGCAGCCGGGGACUUUCAGGAACUGCAGGAGCGGGCGGCGGCUGGAGUCGCCAAGCGCCCAGCGGUGCGGCCUGAGCGCCGAGACUCCCGGCCGAGGCGGAGCCGCCGCCCCCGCGCCGGGCCCAGCUGUAGCCGCCGCCCUCGUCCUCGCCCUCCUGGCUCGGGCCGACCAGUCGCGGCGCGGGAGAGGAGCCGGCCGUCCCGGGCCGGGGGACUCGCCUGCCAUGGCCACCAAGGCUCGGGUUAUGUAUGAUUUUGCUGCUGAACCUGGAAAUAAUGAACUGACGGUCAAUGAAGGAGAAAUCAUCACAAUUACAAAUCCGGAUGUUGGCGGAGGAUGGCUGGAAGGAAGAAACAGCAAAGGAGAGCGAGGGCUUGUUCCCACAGACUACGUGGAAAUUUUACCCAAUGAUGGAAAAGAUCGGUUUUCUUGUGGAAAUUCAGUGGCUGACCAAGCCUUCCUUGAUUCCCUCUCAGCAAGUACAGCGCAAGCCAAUUCUUCAGCUGCCAACAGCAAUAACCAGGUCGGCAGUAGCAGCGACCCCUGGUCAGCCUGGAGUGCCUCCAAAUCUGGGAACUGGGAGAGCUCAGAUGGCUGGGUGGCCAAGCCAGACGGGGCUGGUGCCCAGAAGAACACUCCCAACAACUGGGACGCUGCCUUCGGCCACCCCCAGGCCUACCAGGGUCCAGCAACUGGUGAUGAUGAUGACUGGGAUGAAGACUGGGACGACCCCAAGUCCUCCUCUCCUUACUUUAAGGAUUCAGAAUCUUCUGAAGCAGGAGGCAGUCAGCGAGGGAACAUUCGCCCUGGUGCGUCUUCCAUGAAGCUGCCACUUAACAAAUUUCCUGGAUUUGCAAAACCCGGAACGGAACAGUAUUUGUUGGCCAAGCAACUGGCAAAACCCAAAGAGAAAAUUCCCAUCAUUGUUGGAGAUUAUGGCCCGAUGUGGGUUUAUCCUACCUCUACGUUUGACUGUGUGGUAGCAGAUCCCAAGAAAGGAUCCAAGAUGUAUGGUCUGAAGAGCUACAUCGAGUACCAGCUAACACCUACUAACACUAAUCGAUCUGUAAACCACAGGUAUAAACACUUUGACUGGUUAUAUGAGCGUCUCCUGGUCAAGUUUGGGUCAGCCAUUCCGAUACCUUCUCUCCCAGACAAACAAGUCACAGGCCGCUUUGAAGAGGAAUUUAUCAAAAUGCGCAUGGAGAGGCUCCAGGCCUGGAUGACCAGAAUGUGCCGGCACCCCGUCGUCUCAGAAAGUGAGCUUUUCCAGCAGUUCCUGAGUUUCCGAGAUGAGAAGGAAUGGAAAACUGGGAAGAGGAAGGCUGAGAAAGAUGAGCUGGCAGGAGUUAUGAUAUUCUCCACCAUGGAGCCAGAGGCACCUGACUUGGACUUAACAGAAAUAGAGCAGAAGUGCGACGCAGUUGGGAAGUUCACCAAGGCCAUGGACGACGGCGUGAAGGAGCUGCUGACCGUGGGGCAGGAGCACUGGAAGAGGUGCACAGGACCACUGCCCAAGGAAUAUCAGAAGAUAGGAAAGGCCUUGCAGAGUUUAGCAACCGUGUUUAGUUCUAGUGGCUAUCAAGGUGAAACAGACCUCAAUGAUGCAAUAACAGAAGCAGGAAAGACUUAUGAAGAAAUUGCCAGUCUCGUGGCAGAACAGCCAAAGAAAGAUCUCCAUUUCCUGAUGGAAUGCAAUCAUGAGUAUAAAGGCUUUCUGGGCUGUUUCCCUGACAUCAUUGGCACCCACAAGGGAGCAAUAGAAAAAGUGAAAGAAAGCGAUAAACUGGUUGCAACUAGCAAAAUCACCCCACAAGACAAACAGAACAUGGCAAAACGACUUAGCACCAUGUCUUACGCGUUACAAGCUGAGAUGAAUCACUUUCACAGCAACCGGAUCUACGACUACAACAGCGUCAUCCGCCUGUACCUGGAGCAGCAGGUGCAGUUUUAUGAGACGAUUGCAGAGAAGCUGAGGCAGGCCCUCGGUCGCUUUCCAGUUAUGUAGGACACAGCGGAACAUGAAGGAAACUCCGAAGUGCUUCUUUCUGACUUGGGGCAAUGCAAUUCGAAACGGACUUUCCCCCCUAUUAUCACAAAGGAAAAAAAAGGAAAGAAGGAAAACCAAAAAGAAAGAGUUGUGGAAAACGGCAUUUAUUUUAUUAACCAGCCUAAAUGCAUCCAUUAAUUUAGGGAUGGUCUUCUUUUGUUCUUUUCCACAUCCGUUAUUUAAACCAAUGGAAAUUGUCUCUAUUUUUGGAAAGUACUUAAAGCUGUCAGAAUUUUGAAUGAAAAAUUCAGGGUUUUCCCCACUGAUAUUUUACAUAGAAUUGUAAUUUAUAAGUUACCUACAAUCUUCAAGUUCUUACCCAAUGUCAGAUAAUUAAUUACUAAUUGCUUUCUUAAAAAUAUGAAAUAUGCCAGAAUAAAAAAUAUAUAUGUUUGUAUAUUUUUAUAACUCUUUUCAGUCCUCGGGGUUCCUGUCCCUUUUGGGAGGUCUGUGUACCUUCCACUGACACAGUAUGACUCGAGUGCUUAGGUUUCAGGAGGCAGGAAGUAGGGGCUCCUGGGCUGCCGGCGCCCUCGUGGUCUAUGGCAAGUGGGCCAUCACACAUCCCCUCGGGGAUACCGCUUGGCAGAUGAGCAGGGUCAUUUCUGGCACAUCCCCCUUGGUGAGGACCAGUGCUCUCUUUUGGCACUUCCUUCCUAAUCAUGGGUCAGGUAUAUUUUGUGCCAGAAGGAAUAAGUCAGAAAAGUCGGGGGGCUUUAAAAAAAAAACUCUGUGGCUGUGCUCCCAGGGAUGAGUAGCUGUGCUCCGCACAGGAGUGCUCCACGGGGGAGCAAAGGCGGCCCCCUCUGGGCUGGGACCCCUCCCCUCUGUGUUUUCCAGCUAUUGUCAGAUGUAACAAGUGCUAGUGACAGCGUGGCACCCACUUGACUGGGCUUGUAGGGACUGGAGGCCAGCAGGCCAGUGUGGGGUCAAUAGGAUUAAAAAGCACAGUCUGGCACCUCUUCCCCCAACCAAUGGAAAGUUCAGGGGCUGAGAAGGGGGGGUGAUAGUGGCGACAGUCUGAGCAUGUGCAGAGUCCCUGGGCUCCUGUGCUGAAGACCAAGUACAGAAUGCUGCUCCUCCUGUGCCCUGAACCUCAGACGGAACUUCCCUGAGCACCAGCACUUCAGAAAUACGGUCUUGACACGCUGUCCGCUCUAAACCCCAGCACUCAGACACACUGUCUCGCUCCUGCCGACGGGAACCUCCGUCUUCCGCAGCUGCCUUACACGUUAUCUCCUGCUGCUUUCGUUUUUCGUAAUAAUAAUAUAGAAAAUGGAAAGUCUGGGCCAGCAUAAAUAAAAUGAAACCAAAAAAUGAGUAGAUGAGGAAAUCAGAUGGACGUGGAUCUAGGAACAUCUUCAAGAUCACGGGUUUUCAUUAAUGUUUCACAAGUAAUUUUCCCCACUUGAUUUUUCUUUUAUAAAAUCCCAUAGAACAGUGUUUAUGAUACAGCCAUUUAAUAUAUGUACAAAUUGUAAAGAAUAUGUAUAAAUGUUUUACACAAAUGUAAGAGCAUGUAGAAGCCAACGUAUAAAUAAAUUGUUUUAAAAAACUGUACAGUAAAUUCUCAAAGCACUUUUUCAAAACA